GAGGCGAAUCAGGUGUGCGUGUGCGGAUCACAUGGUUAUUGAUGUUUUCCUUGCUGCAGCAGCCCACCUCUUGUUAGCGCCGCCGUCGCCGCCGAAAUUCAGCGUCGGCCACCGGCCACCGUGAUUUGGCGAUUCGGCCGCGUGACUCGCCAACUCGACCAUGGACAUCCAGCCGAAUGGCAUUCCCUUCAGCAAGUCCGGAGAUAACGACCAGGACAAGAAAUUGCUGCAGCCGUUCUCGUACAUCCUGCAAGUACCUGGCAAACAAAUCAGAGCGAAAUUGGCUCACGCUUUCAAUUACUGGCUCAAAAUUCCCGACGAGAAACUGUUUGUCGUUGGCGACAUCGUACAAAUGCUGCACAACUCAAGUCUUCUAAUCGACGAUAUACAAGACAACUCCAUACUUCGCAGAGGCAUUCCAGUCGCUCACUCAAUUUACGGUGUGGCAAGCACCAUCAACGCGGCCAACUACGUUUUGUUCCUAGCUCUAGAAAGGGUUCUCGGCCUCGGACAUGCAGAAGCAACAACUGUGUAUACGGAGCAACUGCUCGAGCUCCACCGUGGCCAGGGAAUGGAAAUAUACUGGCGGGACAACUACGCCUGCCCAACAGAAGAGGAAUAUAAAGAAAUGACAAAAAGAAAGACUGGCGGUCUGUUCAUGCUUGCCAUUCGCUUGAUGCAGCUGUUCAGCGAAUGCAAAGCUGACUUCACCAAGCUGGCCGGCAUCAUCGGUUUGUACUUCCAAAUAAGGGAUGACUAUGGCAAUCUGUGUUUAAUGGAGUACUCGGAGAAUAAGAGUUUCUGCGAGGAUUUGACAGAGGGAAAAUUCAGCUUCCCAAUUAUCCACGCCAUCCACAGCCGGCCUGAUGACAGACAAGUGAUUCACAUUAUACGACAGCGAACCAAAGACACCGAGGUGAAAAAGUACUGCGUCAACUUGUUGGACAAAUUCGGCUCGUUCGACUACACUCGCCAGGUGCUGGCCCAGUUGGACGCUGAGGCCAGAGAAGAGGUGGCUCACCUGGGGGGAAACCCCCUGAUGGAAGCUCUGCUCGAUGAGCUGCUCAGCUGGAAGGAAACCCCUGAGAGUCCAUCGAAGAGAAACUAGCCCCAGGUUGUGUAACUUAUUUGGUCACCAUACUUAAGAAUCUCCCUCUUUGGAUAAUCAUGCUUUCUAGAUGAGUUUAGAGUUUCGUAAGAAACUUCUUUUAAAAGACAAGCCCAAGAACCUCAGCCCUGUUGAGCAUUUGUUACGGAAUUUUGAUAGUAUUCCUCGCACGAGUUGUUUUUCUCUAAAUUGAAAGUUUGAGUAAACUUUACUAAGCUUCUAUUUAAUCCAGUCAAAACUCUCUUGGACCCCCUUGCCUCUGUAUAUGAGGAUCAAUCGUUAGCUAAUCAAAAGAAUGAUGCACCACUUUUUCUAUAAUGUAUAGCUUUUGAGAAAAUCCCUAUUUGCAACGAUGUGUAAAGCGUCAAUGGCGCUAAGAAGCUACGUUUGUCUCUGCUCAAUCCACUCGGAUGGACUAAGAUAAGUUUUAAUUUUCAAUAAUUAUUAUUGUUAGACUA